AUGUCAGGGGUUGGAAAUUCACAAAACACUGAUGCUGGUACUGCUGCUAGUGCUUCUUCUACCGUACGAGGAAGACUGAACUAUCCUGGAAGAAGAAAUGAUCCUGGGUGGAAACAUGGGGUAGAUGUUCUUGGAAUUGGCAAAAACGUUCGUUGCAACUAUUGUCACGUCAAUUUUUGGGGAGGAAUUAAUAGAUUCAAGACAAACCUUGCUUGUUUUGGAGGAUAUGAUGGACGAUGUAUUAGUGUCCCAGAUGAUGUGAUGCAAUCAUAUAGGCAAAUUGUGUCUGAGGCUGAAGAUGCACAAAAUAAAAAUAGGCAAUUGAUUGACAUUAGUGCAGAAAAUGAUGUGGAGGUUGAGGUUGCUAGGCGUCAAAUUCAAAGCAAAGGGAAAGGUCUUCUUAGCUUGACAUCAAAGGGAAAGAGUAGUGGAGGAGGGGUGCAACAACAUUUGAAUGAAAUGCUGAAAAAGGACUUGAAGGAGCAAGCUUAUGACGAAAUUGCUGAAUUUUUCUUCACAAAUGGUCUUUCUUUCAAUGUGGGGAAAAAUCAUGCUUUUGUAAAGAUGUUGGAGACUGUUGGGAGAUAUGGAUGUGGUUUCAAACAACCUUCUUAUAAUGAUAUUAGAGAAAAGCUUUUGAAACGAGUUGUGGCUCGAACUCAUGAAAUAAGAGAUGAAUUUAAGGAGGAAUGGAAAAAAACUGGUUGCACAAUCAUGUCUGAUAGAUGGACGGAUAGGAAAAGGCACUCAAUUUGCAACUUCAUGGUAAAUAGUCCUAAAGGGACACUUUUUCUGUAUUCAUUGGACACUUCUGACAAUUGGAAAACCACUGAUAAGGUUUCAAAAAUGUUGGAAGAUGCUAUCAAUUAUGUUGGAGCAGAAAUUGUUGUCCAGGUGGUUACAGAUAAUGCUGCAAAUUACAAAGCAGCGGGAGAAAAGUUGAUGCAGACAAAUAGAUCAUUUUUAUUGGACUCCGUCUGCGGCACAUUGCAUUGA